AUUAUUCUUUAUUGUAUGCACAUCAAACUAAAUAUCAACAUCAAGUCUUAAAUCAAUCGAAAACUUAUUUCAAAUAACGCAGAUGGGAUACGUAACACUGCAAUGAUGAUGAAAGAUGUUGUCCUUACUGUAUAACAAAAAAUUAAGUCAUCCAUAGUUUUCUUAAUUUUGUGUUGUUUUAUUUUAAAUCGAGUAUUUUACCAUCAGCUGAUCUCAAUCUUCUUCAAGCAGAGUUUAUUUCAAAGGAAUGCACAAAACUAUCGAAGGCUAUUAGUAACAAAAAUGGCGCCUCCGAAAGAUAGAAAAAGAUGGCAACCAAACUCAAGAAUGUUCUUUGCCUUCAUGUGCUUUUGGUGUGUGACUUCCAUGGAUUCUUUACGUAUCAACCCUAGCGUCGCCAUUACGGCGAUGGCUGUAUCCAAUCACACAAAAGAAAAUGCAUCACGUGGUCCAAACAACUCUACGCAUGCGUGUAUCAAUGAUGGAAUCACAGAAGAUGCUGAUGAUACGGAUAUCAAGCCUGAAUUUUCUUGGAGCAGUCGAACACAAGAGCUUCUUCUCUCCGCAUUCUUCAUCGGGCUACCCAUAACCCAACUCCCAGGCGGCUGGCUCGCAGACAGAGUCGGCGGGAAAUGGGUAGUCAUGAUUGGAGGUGUCGUAACGGCUGCAAUGAACAUGCUCGUUCCUGUAGCAGCCAGGGCAGGAGCUGGGUAUUUCUUUGGGGUGAGGCUAUUGGCUGGACUAGCUGAGGGCACUGUUGUUCCUGCUAUGUUCACGUUACUCGGGAAAUGGUCAACAGUUGAUACCAACACAAGAAUAUCAUCGUUCGCUCUAGCUGGUGCUCCAUUCGGAAUGGCUGUAGGUCAGACUCUAUCUGGUCUGAUAUGCUCAACUCCCUGGCUUGGAUGGCCUUUCUCAUUCUAUAUCUUAGGUUCAAACGCCCUUGUUUGGGCAAUGUGUUGGGGACUCUUCAUCAAAGAAAAACCUGAUGAAGAUACACCGGCUUCGAGUGAAGAUGUAUCUCACAAUGAUGACAUACAACAAAAACAGGAAAAUAAUUCGAAGAAGAAAUCCUACCCAAUAUUCAAAGUUCUGACGUCACUUCCUGUGUAUGCCUUAAUCAUCCUACGAUUUUCAAUCCAUGGUUGGGUUGUGGGAACUCUUCUCACCAACCUUCCUAUCUUCAUGAAGUACAUCCUAGGAUUCAGAGUGAGAGAGGUUGGACUUCUAGCCUCUGUUCCCUACAUCUGCCAAAUGAUUACGUGUAUAAUUACGUCACAGAUAUCAGACUUUCUCAUUGGUAGAGGCACCAAUGUGACGAAGGUUCGAAAGACAUCAGCAAGCAUUGGUGCCAUAAUGAUAGCUGGGUCACUUAUACCGGUUGCUUUUCUCGUAUGUAACCGGUAUUUCGGCAUGGCACUGGUGAUCAUCGCAACCAUAGGAACCGGUGUGGCGUAUCCGUCGGUUUUCUCAAAUACAGUUGAUUUGGCGCCCCGGUCAACGGGUACUCUAUAUGGAAUAUCAAAUACCAUUGGGAUAUCCGCGAGUUUUAUAUCACCGAUGAUAACCGGAAUACUAAUUGUCGACCAGUAUGAUCCUGUAAGUUGGAGGUAUGUGUUCUACAUCGCUUCAGCAAUCACAGCUUUUUCCGCUAUUUUCUUCCAUACGUUUGGAUCGGGAGAAGAUCAGAAAUGGGUCAAAGACGACGAGACAGAGGAUGUCGAGAAUGCCAAGGAAAUUGAACUUUAUUCGAACCAUGGAUACGACAAUGGGCAAGAUUUUGACAAAUGAACUUUUUUUUUUAAUUUCGAUGGUCAACGGAUUUGUCGGGGCACGCUGCAUUGUUCCCUCUUUCAAUGACUUACAAAGGUUCAUUAUUAUAUUGUUCUUGAUUUUGGAAAGCUCGCCACCUCGAUCUCGACUGGAGAAUUCGAAUAUAAUACAAACAAUAUAAUCCCAUGCGGCAUGAACUUAAAGUAUAUAAUUAUUAUUCAAUAAUUAAAACUGUAAAUAAAUUCUCUAUACUAGGUUUAAUAUUUACCUGUUUUUAGGCAGUGAACAUCACAUAUUGACCAUUUUUUUUUUAGGUUGGAUGAUUAUUUGAAUUCUGAUGACGACUGAAGUAUGCUGGUUGAAACUUCGA